UGUUGUUUUUGAAUAUUAUGGCUGUGUUCGAAUGAGACACGGAUCUUUUCCUCUGCCCCGUUCCGUACCAGGUACAAGCUGGUGUCGACGCUCAAAAUUCUAGUGUACACAGCCAUUUGAAAUGACAGAACGAUUCCCCGACUCGGGUUCAUCGACGUGAUAAUCAGCGAGGCGUGCUCCGGCUCCUUGCGGAGCGUGAACUGCAACAUCUCUGGCGACAAAAUUGAUUGAAUCACGUUCAAAGAAAAUACGGGUAGGCGCCCCGAAGGGGGAAGUUGGAGAAACUUGUCACGAUACGGAAUAAAAAGGAAGAUCCGAAGUCCAAUGAAGAUCCACUGGCAUGGCCACGCAACUCAGCCCCCGAAAUUCGGAGGUGAACGCUCUUGAGCAGCGGGGCUAUCUUAUUGGCAAAAAAAUCGGACAGGGCUCGUAUGCGACCGUACACCUGGCGGAAUAUGUGGACGGAACGAGCUCGAAGAAAUUGCGAUUAGCUUGUAAGAUAUUCGACAAAGAAAAAGCGCCGCUCGAUUUCCUCAACAAGUUCUUUCCUCGUGAACUCGAAAUCCUUACAAAGAUUGAAAAUCCUCAUAUAAUUCAAGUGCAUAGUAUAUUGCAGCGUGGUCCAAGAGUCUUCAUAUUCAUGCGUUAUGCGGACAAUGGUGACCUCCUGGAUUUUGUAAAAAGAAAUGGUGUUGUACCGGAACAACAAUCGAAGCUUUGGUUCAGACAAAUGGCUUCCGGUCUGCACUACCUCCACGGGAAGAAUAUCGCCCACCGUGACCUUAAAUGUGAGAACAUUCUGUUAUCCAGGAAGUUCAAUGUCAAGCUUGCAGACUUUGGUUUUGCGAGAUUCUGCGUUGAUCACGAAGGUAGACGCGUUCUAAGCGAGACUUAUUGUGGCUCUGCGGCAUACGCUGCACCGGAAGUUGUUUCCGGUACCCCCUACAACCCAAAACUGGCCGACGUCUGGUCCCUUGGGAUAAUCCUAUUUAUCAUGCUAAACGCCUCCAUGCCCUUCGACGAUUCGAACCUAAAGAAACUAUUGAAGGAUCAGAUGUCGAGGAACUGGAUGUUUCGAUCCCGAGUGCGGGAAACGGUAUCUGCACUGGCAAAGAGCAUCGUCAAACACAUUCUAGAACCGGACAUUACUUUGAGGCUAACGCUAGAAAGGGUUCUAGGCCAUGAAUGGGUACGCACGAAAAAAGAGAAACCUGGAUCUCUUACUGGUCGAUUAGUACAUUCAGCACCGCCUAUCCACGCGCAGACUUGCGGAGGCGGAGGAAAUUUAGUUGGAGCAGGGGCUGCAGGGGGUGGCAACGUACCCGUAGUACUAAGAGGAUUACCGUCAUUCAAGAAUACUGAGAAUCAAAAUCAUGGUACCAUUGUAAAGGCUACGGACAAUGCGGGAAAAGAUACACAAUUGUCUGCCAUUGAAUGAAGAAACAUAAGACCGACAAGGAUGAACCAGCGUCGUUCGUGCGUCGAACGUCGACGAACACACGAAUGUUUAUAAUACAUUUUUUUUUACAUUGCUGAUUAUUGUUGAUAUAUACAUGGUUUUUAAUAACGCAUACUUUUAAUAAAGAAUAUCACAGUUUUAAUAAAUCAUGAAUAGUGAUCUAUAUAAAUCGGGAAUAAAUUUAAGAGGAUGAUAAUAA